UCAGCGAAAGAAGGAGUACUUCAACUCGUGCAAAGAUCUUUUGACGAAAUACCAAAAUUCUGCAAAUGGAAACUACACUCUGAAUACAACGGCUUCGAAUGAAUAUUAUGACGUGUAUUGCCACAUGACUAAUAUUCCAUCGUGUGGCGGAGGAGGCUGGACACAAGUUUUGAAGAUGGAUGGAGAAAAGGAUACAUUCAUUUACAAUUCCAAAUUGUGGACGAACAAGGAGACAUACGCGAUGCAAGAUGGUCUGGAAGGACUGACGGAGAAAGAAAGCAAGUUGGCUUCGUACUGGAAUACUCCGUUCACAAAGAUAUGCCUGGGUAUGUCGUAUAACGGAACAAGAAAAUGGAUGACCGUCCACUACACCGCGAGUUCGCUGUACAGCCUGAUCGCGGAGGGCCAGUUUAGGGCGACCACCGCUGGCCGAGCAUCAUGGAAAUCUUUAAUCGCGGGCUCGUCGUUACAAAAGUACUGCAAUAAGGAAGGUUUUAACAUACCGAACAACGUGGGUAUCAAAAUGCGUAUUGGAAUCGUUGCCAAUGAAUAUAAUAAUUGUCAUUCGUGUAAUUCUUGGAUUGCCUAUGGAAAUGUGGUUAGUGGAAUGACUUGUGGAAAUCGAGCUCGGUACCAAGGCGAUAACGGAGACAAAGAUCUCGCAACGUUUGGAUAUAUCCUUGUUCAAUAAAUAAUAUAGAUCGAUAUUACACGUAAGGUUAUAUUUCUUAAAGAAUUUGUAUCGCAAGUUUAAACGUAGCCUUAUAAACUUAGGGCGUUUUUCUUUAUACUGUAAAAACGGCCAGACCGGUUCCAUUGUAUUUUACUACAGACCGGCAGUUUACUAAUAUUUUAGAAUGCUUUGAAGAGCUUUGCAUUAACGUAUAUAGGUUUUCACAUAUGCCCAGCACGAAAACUACUUUUUAACUGCAAUAUUUUGAACGAAAUACUCUAUUCCAAUUUAAAAUAUGACCGGUUUGACUAGUUUGCCGAUCAAAGCGCCAUUGGUAGUUUUAUUUUCAGUUCGUAUUAUUAGCCUUACCCAGAUCAGUGGUGUAUAUACGACGUUCAUAGCAUGAUGGCAAUAAGAAUCUUCUGAGACGGUUUCAUUCCAUGCGCAUGUGGCGGAUUCAGGGUUAAACAGAAUAACUUACUACUUUUUAUUUAAAAAUAUUCUUUAGAAAUCCAUGACUAAUAAAGUUUUGAAUUUUAAAUUU